CUUUUUCACACUGAUGCAACGUUUAAACUUAGCGAUUUUGGAUAUCCUGCUGUUACUUGUGGAUUCACAGAUCGCUCUCGAGUGUACCCCCUUAUCGCUAUCCUAGUUGUAAGCGCGAGAACGCAUCGCGAGUACGAGUUAGCGUUUGGGUGUGUUGCCCAAAUGUACCAGCGGAUCUUUCAAGCCCCACUUUGCGUUGACACGGUUAUGGAUGAUGCUGAAGACGCACAGUUUAAUGCGCUUCAGAGUGAAGGUGCAUUCCGUGGCAGCAAGUACUUGAUGAGCUUUUUCCACGUGCUUUACAACGUUCAUAAGCGGACAAGGCACCUUGAUAGCGAAACUAGAGUGACCGCGUUUACCGGAAUUAUGGAUAUGCAUUACACUACUAGUUACACAGAGUACUGUGCGAUCAAGGAGCGUGUGAUUUCGGGGUGGAAAGCAAAGCCCGGAUUGCGAAACUUUGCAAACUACUUUUCGGAACAGUGGAUAGAUAGUAGCUACUGGCGAUGGCAUAUUUUUUACACUCCAUCAAGUUAUGCCACCACCAACAACCCAUGCGAGGUCUUUAACGCAUGCUGA